CCUCCCGCGGCCGAGAGCGGCGCGAGGGAGCUCGCGAGGCGGCGGCGUAAGCGUCGUCGUCGUGGCGGCGUUUCGCACGAGGCCCCUCCCGCUCGCGGUCGCCCUUGGCUACGGGCAUGGCGUGGGCGCGGCCGGCUCCGGGGGUUCCGGAGGGGCUGCGGCCUCCGCCGCCGCCGCCGCCGCUCCUCCUCCUCCUCGUGUGGGUCUCCGCCCUGUGCCUUUUCCCCCGGCCGGCGGAGGCCCUGGUGGAAGGUCUCUACUGCGGGAAGCUGGUCUGCUACGACGUGCUGGGCGUGAGCCGGGAUGCCAGCAAGGCUGAAGUGGCCCGGGCUUACCGGCAGCUGGCCCUCCGCUACCACCCGGACCGCCGACCGCGGGAACCCGACCCGGACGGCAAAGGAGCAGAGGCCGCCCAGGAGAAGUUCCUGCUCAUCGCCACCGCCUACGAGACCCUCAAGGUGAGAGAGCGGGGCCGGGGCCGCCCCCUCCCUCCGCCCGCCCCGGCCGGACCCCUCCGGUAAGACACGCGCCGUCCGCACCUCCUCCUCCCCCCCACGCACCCAGGCUCAGUUUCUCCCAACAGCACCCACCUCCCUGGCUCCCUUGAGGAGAAGGAGCAGCUGCGGGGAGGAGGGUGGCAGGAGCGGCAGGCGCCGGGAGGGCUCUCAACAAGGGGCCCCCCUUCGCAUCCCCCUCUCAGCGUUUCUCUGCCAUGCAAAGAGGGGUGUCCUCCUAUUCCAUAUGCAGUAUAUAUGGAAUAUUCCUAUUCCAACAUACAGUAUAUAGAAACAUAAUAAAACAUUGAAAAUAUUUCCCCAUACAGGGCUGCCUUCAAAGCAUAAUAUAUAAACAUAAUGAAACAUUAAACAUGGAAGAAAACUUCCCCAUACAGGGCUGCUUUCAGUCCUGUAUAUAAAAACAUAAUCUAAAAACAUAAUGAAACAUUAAACGCUGAUAAAACUUCCCCAUACAGGGCUGCUUUCAGUUCUGUAUAUGAAAACAUAAUAUUAAAACAUAAUGAAACAAUAAGCAUGGAAUAAAACUUCCCCAUACAGGGCUGCCUUCAGCUCUGUAUAGAAAAACAUAAUAUUAAAACAACAUGAAACAUUAAGCAUUGAAGAAAACUUCCCCAUACAGGGCUGCCUUCAGAAGGCUCUGGAUCUGUUAACGCCACAACCUCCAACAUUUCUGCAAUGGAAAUAAGGGACAUUGUCCUAUUCCAUCAUACUUCUUUUAGUAUUCAUACCCCUGUCCAUCUGACUGGGUUGCCCCAGACACUCUGGGCAGCCUCCAAUAUAUAUAUAGAAACAUAAUGGAACAUUAAAAAACUUCCCUAUAUAGGGCUGCCUUCAGAGGUCUCCUAAAAGUUGUAUACAAGUAGUUGCUUAUCUCAUUGGCUCAGGGGUUGCAUUACUCCAUACACUCCAUUUCUCUGAUGAAAAGAGGGACAUCCUAAGGGAAAGCUUCUGUAAAUCCAGGACUGUCCCUGGAAAAUAGGGACACUUAGAGGGUCUGCCUUCGUGGGGUGUCCUCCCUCCACAAUACGCUUCUAGACAGUGUUAGAAACUCAGAUAUAUAAGCUAGGUGCCAAAUAGCCCCUUAAACCAAGGUUGCAGUCGCCAAAACAGAAUGUAUAGUUGCCAUUUUCGGGCAAGACGGCUCUAAAGUCGUUUUUCAAACGAUGGACCAACUGCGAUUGAUUCUCAGUUAAACAUUUAUCUAGUUCAGAUGACAACCUUGAGGUUGGUUAAGGGCCAGUCCACAUAUAUAUUGGCCUAUUCCGACCUCUUUUUCUUAAUGGAGACUGCUGCUGCUCAGGCUGAAGAGAAAAAGCAGUUUGGUUCCAGAAAUUCCUUCCGAUUGGGCAGAUAAAAUAUAACUGAUAGAAUUCCACGUGGUGGGGUGUUAGUGUGUGAAAACAGGGCUUGCAGUUUAUAUGCAUACACCAAUAUAUUAUCGUGCUGUAUAAUAAUCAAGGUGUUUGUGUAUACAGUGGUAUCUCGGAUUACAUACGCUUCAGGUUACAGACUCCACUGACCCAGAAAUAGUACCUCGGGUUAAGAACUUUGCUUCAGGAUGAGAACAGAAAUCGCACGCCGGCAGGGCAGCAGCAGGAGGAGGCCCCAUUAGCUAAAGUGGUAUUUCAGGUUAAUAACAGUUUCAGGUUAAGAACGGACCUCUGGAACGAAUUAAGUACUUAACCCGAGGUACCACUGUAUAUGUCAGAGAAAGAAAAGAAACUGGCCCAUUAAACCCAGGUUGCUAACACAGCAAGUAUGCCUUACCUAACUAGUUUCAGUCAUUGGUUUAAUGUGUUUGCUUAUAACUCCUUUGAGAAGAAUAGCUUGUCAAUAGUCAAGUGUAUGGGUUGCGGGUGGCGCUGUGGGUUAAACCACAGAGCCUAGAACUUGCUGAUAAGAAGGUCAGCGGUUCGAAUCCCCGCGACGGGGUGAGCUCCUGUUGCUUAGUCCCAGCUCCUGCCAACCUAGCAGUUCGAAAGCACGUCAAAGUGCAAGUAGAUAAAUAGGUACCGCUCUGGACGCUGUCUGCGGACAAAUGCCGGCUCCCUCGGCCCAUAGAACGAGAUGAGCGCUGCAACCCCAGAGUCGGUCACGACUGGACCUAAUGGUCAGGGGUACCUUUACCUUUACCUUAGUCAAGUGUAUUGCUUCAGAAGCAUAAAGCAUAAACACCUUUACUUUAUGCUAUUUUACUCCUGUUGUAUAAAUACUAUCGAUCAUUUUAUGUUUGAAAAUUUAAGUAUUCCACUAGAUAUAAUUGCCAUAAAUACAACCAAAAGCAAUUCCUUAAACUGAGCGGAUGGUGGUUGUUUUUGUUCAUUGACAUAUGGGAUAUUUCCAAAUGAAAACCUGCCAAUCAUCAUUUGCAGGAUGAAGAAACUCGUAAGGAUUAUGAUUAUAUGUUGGAUCAUCCUGAGGAGUAUUACAGCCAUUACUAUCACUAUUAUAGUAGAAGAUUGGCACCCAAGGUAGAUGUCAGAAUCGUGAUUCUAGUCACCGUCUGUGCCAUCUCUGUUUUUCAGGUAAAUAUCUUUGUCUCCAAACUGUUCCAUUGUUGCCAUCUAACCUGGAAAAUAAUGAAAGACGAAAUGUAAUAUGGCUGGUUUCGUACAAAUGUUUUCCCUUUGUGUAAAAGGCAAUUGAUCAAGUGCUGUCUGCUCUCUAUAUUAUGCCAGCAAAGGAGGUGGCUGGCCUGAACUUAUUACCUGCAAAAUAAGGAACAUAUUAAAAAUAUCACAUCAGUUUUCCCUAAGAUUUUUGGGCACAAUACAUGGAAAGGGGAUUUUUUUUUUAAAAAAAAAGAGUGAUUAUGAAUGCAAAGCUAUGCAAAUAAAGAAAACAAUAGAACAAGUUUCAUAUAGUGCAUCCUAUAUAUAUAGUCUGAGUACCACAGGGAAAGAUAAUUUGCUUAUUCUCUAAGGCUAAUAUUGCUUACCAUUUUAUAUUUUAGUUCUUCAGCUGGUGGAGUAGCUACAAUGAAGCUAUCAACUACCUAGCAACCAUGCCAAAAUAUCGUAUACAAGCCAUGGAGAUUGCCAGGCAACAAGGGCUACUAAACAGAGCCAAAGAAAAGGGCAAGAACAGGCGGUCCAAGGAAGAAAUCCGCAAGGAGGAGGAGGAAAUAAUCAAAGAUGUAAUAAAAAACAAAAUAGAUAUCAAGGGUGGUUAUCAGAAGCCCCAAAUAUAUGACAUACUCUUAUUCCAAAUCCUUUUAACACCUUUUUAUCUGUGCAAGUACAUAGGAUGGUAUUGUUGGUGGAUUUAUUGUUUCAACAUCAAAGGACAAGAAUAUGGGGAAGAAGAGAAGUUGUAUAUUAUACGCAAGUACAUGAAAAUGUCACAGUCUCAGUUUGACACUUUGGAAGAUCACCAGAAAGAGACUUUUCUUGAACGACAGCUCUGGAUAAGAGAGAACUAUGAGGUGAGCAGCGUUGGCACACAGGAAGUGGAAAAAGAACCUAACAUGUCCUGACUUCUUAAAUUAUGUUCAUAUCACACCUAAGCGAAGGCGCUUGCUUGUGCAGUUCCAUAGUGUUGGUUCAUGCACUUGGGGUCACAAGUAGUGAUCAGUGUCCCAUACGCAGCUAAAAUACACCAGGUAUUUCAUAUUACGGUGGUCCAAACUUACUGUCUUUGUAGGUCUUCCCCAACCUUUAUUUAUAGGUUGGGCUGUUGCAUAAGUAGCAUGCUUCUUUAAGACUCAUGGGCAGUAUGCUAACACAGUAGAUGGUUCACUUCAGUGUUCAAAUGAACUUCUUCGUUAUGUCCCUUUAUUAGAGGCUGAGUGGCAUUGUUGUUUUUUUAAAAAAAUGUCUGUCUAAAAAUGUGCUACUCAAGUCAUCUUAUAGUACAAAUCAGUAAAGCAGCACAGCAAGUCACAACACACAAAAGCAAAACACAAUGCAGUAAACUACAGUUAACAAGCCUAUCAUCAGGAAAACACUGCUCAGAUUCAAUUUUCAGCAGAUGGUGUAGGCUUUGUAAAAUGGAGACCUUAAUUUGUCAUCUGAAUCUCAGAGGAGGGCCAGAAAUGAGGUUCCUUAGAGAGGAUGCUACACUGACCGAGAGAUGGAGAAGGCCCAGUGAGAAGCAGUCACAGAACGCUCUUCUGAAUACAUGCUCUCAGAGAACCUUAUCCUAGUUCUAGGAUCAGGGAACCCAGCAGUAAAUCAGCUUAGAAGUUCUGCUGAAGGAGAAGAACCAUUUUAUCUUCCACAACACAAUAAUUGUCUGUGUUAAAGCAGGUAGAGCUGUCAAUCUUUGUUGUUCUAGCGCCAUUUUAAAAAACCCCAACAUACUGGCAAUAGAAGUCUUGGUGCAGUGUGGCAUUUCCAGUCUACUGAGAGAGCUGUCACCAGCCUUGUCCCUUUAGUGCCAUACAAGUAGUAUUAGGUUGUAUCCAAUGAUAGUCCUGCUCAUAGCAGAAGCAUUGAAAUUAAUAGGCACAACUAACUUAGGUCUGUUACAACCCAUUGUUCCUCAUAUGCUAUGUAGUGAGCAGAAGUGGGAAAACAUUGGCUUCAUUCUACAGAGCGUGAGUUUGUAAAUAUUUCAACUAAUAUCAAUUUGAAUAUUAAUAGAUACUCAGUUAAUGUGUCACCUUAACUAUUGGUAAUGUACUUUGAAAAUAGAUGCCAAAUGCUAGUCCUACUCAGUAGAGCCAUUGAAGUCAAUGGACAUAUCUAACUUAGGUUAAUUAAUUUCAUUGUGUCUACUCAUGAGUGGGAUUAGCAUUGACUCAAAUGUGACUAUUAAGGUUUAAAGCUGUAUUUUUUAAAAAAAUUUACCCACCUGCAUGGUAUCUAGCUCUUUAGCCCGCUAUGGCACAUUUUCAGUGUAUCCCCCAAGCACAUUACUUUUAGGAUCAACUACUUUUAUGCAAUCCAGUGCUCCAUUUGAAUGUCAAAUUGGGGAAUCUGCAUUUUGGGACUGGCCUGUCCAUAGUGAAACUGUCAAAGAAUGUGUGUUGCUAAAGCACAGUGAAGAUUGAUGUUGCUUUCAGUUAAUUUUUUCCUUCUCUUUUAGCUUUACAAACAAGAGCAAGAGGAAGAACUGAAGAAAAAAAUGGCAUCGGACCCUCGAUGGAAAAGAUACAGGCGGUGGAUGAGAAAUGAAGGACCUGGAAGACUAACUUUUAUUGAUGAUUGACACUUGCUGUAACUUAUACGGUCCAGUGAUGAUUGGCAAGAAAAAUUCAUACCUAGAAAGUUCAGAGUUUAACUGCUGUGUCUCAGCAAUGUUCUGAAACUCAGGAAGUAAUCAGGCAGAAAACUAGUACAAUUUUAUGAUUUUUAUAAAAUAAAAGGAAAUCUGCUAAUCAGUCUUAAUU